AUGGUUAAAAAGAUAAGUAUAAUAAAGGAACAUGGAAGAAUUUUUAAAUUGUCUAAAACAACUAAAAAAAAAGAAAAUUCACCAAUAUUAAAACAAAAAAUCAUAAACAAUAAUGUCCAAAGUUUGCAUACAACAAAAGAUGGAGAUAAAAAAAUUUUACCUGCAGAAAUUGUUGGAAAUGACGAUUUUUUAAUGUCACAAAUAAUAAGAAUGAUUCCAAACUCUAAGGAAAGAGCGAAUUUAAGAUUAACUUCUAAACGCCUUAAUAUUUUAUGUAAUUCUAAACUAAAUAAUAAACCAUUUCAAAAAUUUUUAACUAGAGAAAAUUCAAAUGGAUUUGAGUGGGAAAUAUUUAAUCGAAAGAAUGUUCAUACUUUUGUAGAAGUUGUUGGAGAUACAUUAGCUAUUAGAGUCCCACAUUGUAACUCGAAUGUUUUAGCAUAUUUGGAAAAACGUCGAGAAAUGAUCGAGUUUCAUAGAUUUAAGAUAAAAAAACUGGAAGUAGAAAAUAUUCAUGAUGGUUGUUUAAAUUUUUUUAAAAAGUUAGAUUGUUUUGAAAAUGUUGAAAUGGUUACUUUUCAUCCUGUAAAUGCAUCUACUUUAGUUUUGAAAUUUUUUGAAUGCUGUUCAAAUUUAAAACCAAGUAUUGUAAGAUUUGCUUGGUUAUAUUUAAGCCGAAUUAUUUUUCAUCCAACAUAUGGAAAUGUUGAUUUUGAUAAAUUGUUUCCGAAAUCUGUAAAAACUAUACAAAUUGAUUGCAAUUUAUAUGCAAUACAGUGGUUGUUUAAAUUAUCAGAUCAUAUACCUAAUAUGUAUUUUGAUACACUAAUACUUGGUGAUGGAUUUUAUAAUGGACUAAAUAUAUUAUCAGGAAUUAGAGAAAAAUCACUGAAACUUAUGAGAUGUUUCCAAAAUGUAGAAAUUAAAUUUAAUGAGGAACUUGAGUAUGAUGUUACUUCAAGCCUUUUAGGAAAUUUAUCACUAUUUGAAAUUGAUGGUGGAACAAAGUUAUCUUAUGAUGUUAUGAUUACUCUUCAUAAAUUUCGAUAUGUUCGUUUUAAUCCAUUACAUGAUGAACUGAUGCCAGAGGAUAUUGAUAUUAGAUUAGCUGCAUAUAAUAUUUUAAACAUACAUCAUUUUCGUGUACAAUGUGACUCAAGUUGGACAAAACCUUCGAAAUUUUAUAUAAAUCCCUUCCCAAAACUUUUUGAAAUGAUGCGUAAUUUGACAACAUUAGAAUUGUCAAUGAGAAUUUUUCGUUCAACAGAUGAAUUUAAAGUUCUUGUUAAAAAAUUAAGUAUAAAUAUAAAGAAUGUAAAACUUUCCCAAUGUGAAAAACUAAAAAGUGCUUGUAUUGAAUCAUUAGCUGAUGCAUGCAAACAGAUAACCUAUCUUUCAUUGGAGCAUGUUAAAUCAAAUGCUAUUUCAAUCAAAAAAACUAUUUCUGUUUUUAAAAAUUUAAAAGGAUUUUCAAUAUUUUUUCUAUAUCACAAUAAAAAUAUUGAUUCAUUUAAUGAUCUGAUAAAAAUAAAUGAUACUAAUGGUGUAGCUACACUAAACUGGCCAGAAUUAGAUUUUCUACAGGUAGUAUUUAAUUCUCCAAGAGUAAAAGUUAAGAAACUUAUUGAACAAAUUGAAAAAAAUACACCAAGAAAAUGUGGUGAAUUUAUUAUAAAAUAUCAUUCAAAAAAAAGUUUUUGUUCCAGUGAAGUGUUGGAAAUUUUAAUUCAAAAAUCAUCCAAAUACUAUUGCAAAUUUAUUGGAUUAUUUUCUACACCAGUUUGGAUUAAAGAUUAA